AUGAAUUUAAUAAUUGUGUUUUUAUUUGCGGUAGCAUAUUGCUAUCCUAUUGUUGUCACUAAUACAGACUUGAGCUCUUCUGAUUUAUUUAUAAAUUAAAUAGAUCUAUUGAAUAAAAUAAAAUAGCAAGUAUAUAAAAAUAUUACUUUAGCAGGAAAACAAAAAAGUGAUCUUAAUAAAUAUUCAAACAUCUCAUUAAGAUAAUGAAAUAUUCUAAAGCAAAUUACUGAAACAGAUAGAAAAUUUAAAAAAUUUUAAGAAAUUGUUAAAAUCUAAAUCGUCAUUUGUUUCGCCAUUUAUAGAUUAUUCUCCAAUCUAGUUUACUUAAGGGAUCUAAAAAGACAAUCAAGUAUUCUGCUUUAUUUAUUCAAGUUCGAAGUAUAAAAUAUCCCGAUGAACUUUUAAAAUUUGAAGGCACUUGACAAAUUUGCUUAACAAUAGGAUGCUAUAUUGAUUGUGCUAUUUUCAAAAAUAUCUUCAAAUGUUAAGGUAUUAGAAGAAAUUACUGAGACUUCAGAGGUAUUUAUGUAUCAUUAUUAAGCCCUCUGAUUAAAUUGUAGCUGUAGAGUUAGCUGAUGAGAGCGAACUAACUAGCAACACUGUAAAAAGAAUUUUUAUAUAUGUAGAUAUACACAGUUACUUCGAAUCAAUUAACAGGGUAUAUCGUCUUCUUUGUUUCAAUAUUUGCCUUAUGGAUAGCUGUCUAAUGUAAUGGAGCAAUUUAAACUCCAGAAAGAUUUUCAAAAUAAAAUUAUUAUAUUGGGAAAGAAAGUUGAUUAAUUUUAUAUGUAUAAUGAAAGCGAACA